GUUGGAUGGAAAAUCACGGACCGUUAUAUAUAUACAUUUCAUCAUCUCUCUCUGGUUAACGACAACAUUAGUAAAAAUUGUUUCUUCUCUGGGGAGAGGACGCGUCUGGCGGUUCGUCCCGGAGUUUCUGAUGCUACUUUAAUGGCGGAGAGAAACCAAGUCAAAGGAUAGAGGCACAUAAGAACUGCUAGGGUUUUGUAAUCGAUUGGAAGCAUAAUGACGCUGACGAGAUACCAGAUACGGAACGAGUACGGCUUGGCGGAUAAGGAGCUGUACCUAGCCGCCGAUAAGGAGGAUCCUGAAGCUUUGCUCGAAGCUGCAUCAAUGGCUGGUCUCGUCGGCGUUUUGCGCCAGCUUGGCGACCUCGCCGAGUUUGCUGCGGAGGUAUUCCAUUGCCUGCAUCAAGAACUAGUGAGCAGUGCAGCGAGAGGGCAUGGUUUGGCCAUGCGUAUCCAGCAGCUCGAAUCAGAGUUUCCUUCAGUUGUGUCUCAAACCAAUCAUUCAACACUCUUCUAUGAUCCAGGCGAGUCAUCUUGCUCGUGCUCGGAAUGGCAUUCUAAUCUGCAAACACAAGAAAACCUGAUUUCCCCUCGCAACUUGCCUCAUUGUCUUAUGGAUUCAUAUGAGCAGUGCCGUGCUCCGCCGCAGCUCUUCCUUCUCGACAGGUUUGAUGUUGUUGGGUCUGGAUCAUGCUUGAAGCGUUACUCUGACCCAUCUUUGUUCAAGACGCUUACUGCAUCAGCAGUGGAAGCAACAUCAACACUCAUCAGAUAUGAGAGACCAAAGAAGAAAGGAUCACACACAACUAGUAGAGAGAGACCUGGGGAUUCACAAACAUCACAUGCCAAGUUGCAUCAGCUCUUCUUAUUGGAGCACGUUGAGAACGCACACAGAAAUCCUGAAUUCCAUGUGAAACUGAAGAGAAGACAGCUAAAUGGACAUCCAAUUAACUCAAGCUCUAGGACAGGUUACAUGGAGAAGUUCCUCAACAAUUCUUCGCCAUACUGUGAAAGAGUUCAUGGGACUCUGUCUCCGGCUAUGGAAACCGAAGUUACAGCAUGCAGCGCACGACAAGACUUAUCAAUACCUUCCCUGGUAUAUCCAAACAGCGGAGACACUAGAAAAUACAAUGAGAGGGAGAUGGAAUCCAUUGCCGAUGAUGAAACACUCGAAAAUCCUCGGGAGGUUACGGUUAAUGACAAGUCUUUACCCAAUAUAGAAGGAAGACCAUCGAUUUGUUUAAGCUCCUCUGUGAAUUUUUGUUGCAAGACGAACACAAAUGCGCCUGUUUCCACGGAGUCAGAAGCAAAGGAAGCAGACAGUGAGGACAAGUCUGGCAGCAACCUUGGAUUUCUGGGAUUUGUACAGACACAGAACUGUAGUAAUACAGAUGUGACUCAGACAGAGAUUCCGGCUCAGUAUUCUAAUGUUUUGCACCACUCAUCGGAGGAAGGAGAAACUAGUCAUUUGUGCACUGAUAUCCAGAGAUCUUCUCCUGAAGCUGAAGGGUCUGCUGUAAAAGUAGACGUAUCAUUUUCCCAGAUGACACCGGAAAUAGAUUCUGCAGGUCUGGGAAAUCUGGAGCUCGAACAACCACCUUUCAGUUUUUCUUGUUAUGAGAAUCCUCCGGAAGAUCACUUGGAGCUUCAGUCCAAUAAAGCAAAUGCUGAUGAAAUUGGGUUGAAAGCAUCUGAGGCUUGUAAAGCCUUUGAAGUCGGAAGAGAUGCCAUGCUUGAUAAUUCCCUUGAAACUCAUCCAGAGUGUCUGUUGAAGCUUACACAAUUGCCACUGGAUGCAUCUGAGGGCGGGACCAGAGUACCUGUAACAAAUGACGUUGAAGAUGAUCAUCCUCAGCAUGUUUUCAGUGUGGAGACUGAAUCUGAGAUAUCUUUAAGUGCUUCAGUGGAAGACCAGGUCUCUUCCAUAACCAAUCAAGAGAUAAAGGCUCUGGAAGCCGACGACAUUUCGUCUGAAGCUGGUAAUUCAAUUCCAGAUAUCAAUUCCAGUUUUAAAGAAACACCAGCGGCAUUGGAGUCCGAUAGUCUUCAUCCAAACCAGCAUAUUAACACAUUUGAAGAUUUGUCUCUUGGUGCUGAUGCACAGGACAAUGCUGUCCCAAAAGAAGAUGAAACCAACUCACAAAACGGACCUUCCAUGAAUACUGAACAGUCUGGACACAUUUCAACUUUUGAAAUUAGUUCAGAAAAUGGAACUCUGAUGUCAGAUACUCCAAGAGAUCUCCACCCAGGAAACAGGAACCUCUCAGCCUCGCCUUGGCACUGGCAGGAAGACGCAUUGGCCAACCCUGAUCUGGCUGAGAUUUCAUCAGAUUUUGGACAGGAGGAUCCACAAACCCUUUCUAUUACUGCAGAUGAUAGUAGAGAGCCUGAGGUACCAAUUCCCGAUACUCAAAGACAUGCUACUUGUUUUGCAGAUGAUGUCGAUCACCAGAUUGGGCUGAAUGAUAAGGCCAGUGAGACCGUGCCCGAAAUAGACUUGGAAAGUAUUAGUGAUCCACAGGAGAGUCUUUUAGGUACUCAGGGAUAUUUUUCACCUGAGUAUAGCAUACAGAGACGGGACCAAGGGCAAGAGAAUCCGUCCGAAACCGGGUCAGAAAAUCCAAUAAGAGCAUCAGCCAAUUCUGUUCCUCCACAAGGUGUACCUCUUGGUGUUCAGGGUUCACCUCCAGAGGAAGCAUUAACAUUCAACAAAAAGCUUUUCCCUUCAAGCGUAACUGAAAUAGAUACUCUUCAUGCACUACAGCAAGAAACUUUCACAUCAUUAAGUGAUCAUAUCUCUGAGUCUGUUCUUUCCAUGGAUCUAACUGAUCAAGAAAACUGCUCGGACGUGUCCAUGGUUCCCUUCACCACGCCAUUCCAUGAAACACCUCAGGCAGAUCCGGAGAUAAUGCCUCCGCUUCCGCCUCUUCCUCCGACACAGUGGUGGAUGGGGAAGCUGGUUGAGUCUGUUAAAACAACCGAAUCCCAGUUCUCUCCAGAGCCAUCGCUUGCAGGCAGAGGAAGCAACAGUUUCCACAUUUAUAGGGAUGAAAGCACACAUAAUGGAUUGGUUGAAGCAACCGAGGCACAAGAUCCGCCAACAGCGUCAGUUAAAGCAGGGGGAAACCACAAUAUUCAUACAGAAGAUUCAACUUGUGCUCAAAAUAUUCUGAAUGAAGCAUUAAAAGCAAGCGAGGAACAGUACUCUCCUUCAGAAAUGGAUGUAACAAGCGACACCUAUAUGUGUAACGAUGAAGGUACACCACGAAAGUGUGCACGAGAGGCAGAAUCAGCGGAAGGCCUAGAAGCUGACUGGAGGAGUGAAGCAAUGGCACUUGAAUGGUUUAGUCAGAACUUAAGAGAGCAUACCGAUUCCAGUUGUGCAAAGAUAGAAGACGAACCUCAGCUUGGUCAUCAAGUAGAAGAAGCCAGACUUGCACGCAGUUUACGAGACAUUGAUAACUCAUAUGAUCAGAGUGAGAAAGUUGGGAAGGUGCCAAGAGACAAGGAAUCGCUUGUUAUUGGCAUUGAUAGAAGCAUGUUGAGGAAGGUAUCCGAAGGAGAAAAAACACAACGAGUGGAGGAGAAUGAUUCACUACUGGAGAUCAUACGGAGCAAGUCAUUCAACCUGAGACCAGCAGAUGCGUCGGUGAGACCAAACUUCCAAGUAGCUGUUCCCGUGACCAACUUGAAGGUCGCUGCAAUUCUUGAGAAAGCCAACACUCUUCGCCAGGCAAUGGCGGGAAGCGACGACGACGACCACGAUUCAGAUAGCUGGAAUGAUUGAGUCUUCGGUUGAGCUAUAAAUGAUACACAUACUUGACCAUACACACACGUACUCUCUCUCUCUCUCUCUCUCUGUAACCUGUAUAGAAGAAUUGUUAGCUUCUUCUCAUACUGUAUUCUUUGUAUUGCUCUCUUUUUUUUAUGCAUAUGUAAUCUGUGUCUCUCUGCUUCUUCCACCUAUAUUCAUUUUUGACUUCUCCGUUUAUGUUUCAUGGUCAACAUUUGUUUGGUGGAAAUUUUACAUGUGAAUGAAUAUAAUAUAUAAAAAAAAAAUCUGAAAAGGUGAC